CUUCAAUUACUUUCAUAGCAACAUGGAAAACUAUGAGGACAAACUUGGUACUCCAAAUUCUGGGAACAAUCAAAGACCUUCAAUGAUACAUUAAUCCAAUACCUACACCAUGACUGAUCCCUCAGGGGCAGAUUCUCAGACUGACAAACCUACUCUCAGUGAACUGGUCAGGAUCAUGAGGAUGUCCAAACAAGAUGCAUUGAGUCACCUCAAAAACCAGUAUGGUGGGACAGAGGGAUUGUGUGUUGCAUUAGAAACUCACCCAGAAAAUGGACUCAGUGGGAAUCUUGAGGAUCUGCAGUCAAGAAGGCAGGAAUAUGGAAAGAAUGAGUUGCCAACAGAGAAACCAAAGACAUUUUUGAGGCUCAUACUUGAGACCCUGAAGGACUUCACUGUGGUCAUUCUCAUCACUAGCAGCAUAGUUUCACUUGUGCUGUACAUUGUCCUGCUUUUCCUGCUACCAACUCCGCCUGCGGGCAGUUCUGGAUACAGCACAGGGUGGGUUGACACUGUCAGUGUGCUGUGCAGUGUGGCAUUGGUAGUGAUCCUCACAGCCUACUCAGAGUAUACAAAGCAAAUUCGGUUCAUAACGUUACUCAGUCAAUCAGAAAAUGAGAGGAGCAUCUUUGUCAGAAGAAAUGCAGCCAAGGAGUCACUCAGGUGUCAAGACCUGGUUGUUGGAGACAUUGUUGAGCUUGGUGUGGGGAAUGUGGUCCCAGUUGAUGGGAUACUUCUCAAAGGAUUCAACCUCAAAGUGGAGGAGUCAGUUCUCACUGGGGAAACCCACCUGAUUGCCAAAACACCAAAAGAUGAUCCAAUCAUCUUUUCAGGAAGUCAUGUGAUAGAAGGAGAGGGGAAGAUGGUGAGCAUUGUGGUAGGCCCACAUUCCACUCUUGGCCAGAUCAUUCUGAUGGGUGCCAAAGGUCAUCGUUCUGCAAAACUGUACAUCAGAAGGACUUGA